AUGGGACCCAAGAAUGAACCAUUCAGACGCAGAUGGUUUACUCUGGACCGUAGGAAGCUGAUGUACUUUGAAGAACCUUUAAAUGCAUUUGCCAAGGGGGAAAUUUUUAUCGGACACAAGGAUGCUGGUUACAGAUUAAGUACAGGGGGCGAAGUUGGGGACAGAAAAUCCAUGAGUCCUAACGGAAACAGCAGCAGCUGCUGUUUCACUUUGCACACUCCAGAGCGGAAUUUUGUACUGCGAGCAGAGACUCAGGAUGACAUGAACAAAUGGUUCAUGGCCUUGCAGAAAGUGUUUGAAAUGCCUGUCACGCCACAAGACAGCAAAUUGGCAUCUUUAUUAGUUGCCAAAAAGUCGUCAAAUUCCUUCCGGUUGAUCAAGCGGUAG